GGGGAGUCAGGGAAAGGAGGAGCCUGAGCCCGCCUGGCUGGCACCACGGUUCAGGGUGACCCUCCCCCACCCGAGGCCCACAGUUGGCAUGGGGCGCUGGGAGCAAGGGGGGGGUGUAGAAGGGAGAGGAGGCAGGACUGCCAGCAUCCUGGUGGGUAGGUGCCAACCGGGCCGGGAGCUGGUGAGGGGCAGCAGGCCAGCGGCAUGGAGCCAGCAGCUGUUGGGGGGAAGAGGGGAGGGGACACUGCAGGGGGCAUUUCUGUUGUCCCCACCCUUUGCCAAGCAGGACUUGGGACAGCCAGUGUCUAGGAGACACUAGGUUGCCCCUCCCUUCAGGAACAGAGGACCCCAGGAACUGUCGGAGAGGAACUUUGUGGCCCACCCAAUUCUGGGCUCCAAGCCCUCCUGAGUUGCCCCUCAGGCCCAGGCGGGUCCCACCCAACCGGCCAGGGUGGCAGAGGCUUGCGCAAGGGGUGGGGCUAGGCGCUUCCCAGCAGAUGCCCCCUCCUGACUCCUUCCUCUUUCGGUGCCCACAGCUCCCCCCAUCCAUCCUCCCCCACCACACACACACACACACUCGCAUGUGCUCUGGCCAGCUCUGUCCCCCUGAUCCCCCUGGCCACUGGGGGCUGGCACAAGUGUUGUCCCCUGGCCUGGUUGGCAAGGGGCUGACGCCUGGGUGAGGAACUGUGGUAUGUGAGUGGGUUUGGGGUGAGGCUACAGGGAGGGCGGGGUGCCGCCUUGCCCAGCCUUUGAGGGCCCCAGCCCAGUAUGUGUUGGGGGGUUAAGGGAGCCUAACAGGGGUCUGGAGAGGCUGCUUGUGGGGCCUGUCCUGUAUGCCCUGAAGGAGUAGGACCUGGGCACCUGUCACCUCUGGCACUGGCUGUCCAGGGCCACCUCCACCUUCCUCCCAUCCCCUCCCCUGCCGUCUUCCUUCUCCUGGUCCCACCUCCAGCCAGCCUCUCCCAUGACUCCUCCUCACCUCUGUCCUCCUGGACUGCCCCAGUUCCUACCUUUCCUACCCCUCACCUUUUUCCCCUUUUAGGACAGUCAGGACAGGUGGGGGUGUGGGUGGGGACUACAGCACAGGGGCGCCUGGGCCCUCUCCCACGCUGCCAGCCCUCUAGUAACCCCUCCCUCCCAGCUGGAGGGAGGGGGGACAGCACCCAGAGGGUUAAGGCUCUGGGGGGAGGGGCUGGGCCAGGUCGUGGGCGGCCCCUUUGAAGGAGGGAGCUGGAGCAGCGGGGAACAGCCACCCCACCUCCCCCCAGCCUGGCCCUCCCCAACCCCUCCCAAUCUGCUGCCCCCAGGGGCCAGGAGGAGUCGCAGGCAAGGCCCCUCAGCUUUCAGCAAGACCAGGCCUCGUGGAAGGCAGGCCCUGUUCUCCUGUGAUUGAAUUCCUCCGCACUUGCUUCCCCAGGCCUGCCUGGGACAAAGGAGAAGAUGGGGAGCCCCGAGGAUGACCUGAUUGGAAUCCCAUUCCCGGACCACAGCAGUGAGCUGCUCAGCUGCCUCAAUGAGCAGCGCCAGCUGGGCCAUCUGUGUGACCUUACCAUCCGGACGCAGGGCCUGGAGUACCGCACCCACAGGGCUGUGCUGGCCGCCUGCAGCCACUACUUCAAGAAGCUCUUCACUGAAGGUGGUGGUGGCAGUGGCACCAUGGUGGGAGCUGGGGGCAGUGGGACAGCUGCUGGAGGUGUGGGGGCUGGCGUGUGCGAGCUGGACUUUGUGGGGCCGGAGGCACUAGGUGCCCUGCUCGAGUUUGCCUACACAGCCACGCUGACAACCAGCAGUGCCAACAUGCCGGCUGUGCUGCAAGCCGCCCGGCUGCUGGAGAUCCCCUGUGUCAUCGCCGCCUGCAUGGAGAUCCUGCAGGGCAGCGGCCUGGAAGCCCCCAGCCCAGAUGAGGAUGACUGUGAGCGAGCCCGCCAGUACUUGGAGGCCUUUGCCACGGCCACGGCCACCCCGGCUCCUCCGGCCUCAGCCUCAGGAGUUCCCAACGGUGAUGAAGAAAACAGCCCUUCCCAGGUGGCCCUCCCGCCACCACCACAGCCCCCACCACCUCGGCCCGUCGCCCGUCGUAGCCGCAAGCCCCGAAAAGCAUUCUUGCAAACCAAGGGGGCCCGGGCGAACCACCUUGUGCCCGAGGUGCCCGAAGUGCCUGUCCAACCCAUGACCUACGAGGAAGAGGAGGUGGCAGGCAGAGUGGGAGGCAGCGGGGGCAGCACGCUGGGAGAAAGCUACAGCCCUCCUCCCACAGGGGCUGCCUCCCCUUCUGAGGGGCCCCUGGGCUAUGAGGCUUACGAGGGUGAAGAAGAAGAGGAGGAGCUGGUCUACCCUCCAGCCUAUGGGCUGCCGCAGGGGGGCGGCCCACCGCUGUCCCCCGAAGAGUUGGGCUCAGAUGAGGAUGCCAUCGACCCUGAUCUGAUGGCUUACCUGAGCUCCCUGCACCAGGAUGCCCUGGCACCAGGCCUGGACGGCCAAGACAAGCUGGUGCGCAAACGCCGCUCACAGAUGCCCCAGGAGUGCCCGGUGUGCCACAAGAUCAUCCAUGGGGCAGGCAAGCUGCCACGCCACAUGAGGACCCACACAGGCGAGAAGCCCUUCGCCUGUGAGGUGUGCGGGGUCCGCUUCACCAGGAACGACAAGCUAAAAAUCCACAUGCGGAAGCACACAGGAGAGCGCCCCUACUCGUGCCCACACUGCCCGGCCCGCUUCCUGCACAGCUACGACCUCAAGAACCACAUGCACCUGCACACAGGGGACCGGCCCUAUGAGUGCCACCUGUGCCACAAGGCUUUCGCCAAGGAGGACCACCUGCAGCGCCACCUCAAGGGCCAGAACUGCCUGGAGGUGCGCACGCGCCGCCGCCGCAAGGACGACGCGCCGCCCCACUACCCACCACCCUCCGCAUCGGCCCCCUCCCCUGCUGGCCUCGACCUCUCCAAUGGCCACUUGGACACCUUCCGCCUUUCUCUGGCUCGAUUCUGGGAGCAGUCGGCCCCUACGGGGCUCCCAACCUCCACCCCAGGGCCCCCUGAUGAGGAUGAGGAGGAGGGGGCACCCGCCACACCCCAGGCCGAAGGUGCCAUGGAGUCCUCUUAAAGAGGGACGAGUGGCCAGGCUGGCACAGCACAAGGUUGGGAGGGGAGGGGAGCAUCCAUGCCAAGCAAUGGGAGCAUGCAUGUGGAACAGACAGAGCUGCCGGCAGGCGUGGGCACGGAGCCUGGCUCGUGGGUCCCGGAGCCCUCAUUCCGGUCGCGCACUGAGGUCUUGAGGGGAAGUGGGCAGGCAGAGAGAGGCUCCCCGGCUGGGGGCAGCUCCCCCUCAGGAGUGAUCCAAAUGCUAGCACAGCUCUGUGGUGGCAGUGGGCUCCCUGCGCCCCAGCUGCUCCCUCAGCAGUACAAGCAAUAAUGUAUUUCUGAUUUGUGGGGGGGUCCCACUUUCGGCUAUGCGGGUUUCUAGGGGGUGGAGGCUUGGGACCACAUU